UGGCCUCCCGGUGCCUGGCCUGUGACUUGCUGUUUGAUCUUACACAGGCAGCCUGCCCUCGAUGGGCCUCAGUCUUCCCAUCUGUAUGAUGAGGGUGCUGACCUAGAAGGUGGAUCCCAGUCCCAGAGGCCUACACUCAGGCCCCCGCUCCUCCUGCUUCCUGCAGCCCUGGCUGUGGGUGGCCACAUGCAGUCGUGGAGACGGAAGUCCCUCUGGCUGGCACUGUUGGCCUCCUGGCUCCUCGUCCUGCUGGGACUCUUCCCCCUUCUCCGCCUGGCAGUGCCCACCAGCCCCCGGGCAGGAGCCCCUCAAGGCUGGCCCCGCUGGCUGGACGCAGAGCUCCUGCAGAGUUUCGCCAAGCCUGGGGAGCUCCUGGAAGAUGGCCCUCGACCUCCUCAAGCCCUCCGUGGCGGCAGCUGCAACUGGGGGGCUUGCUUUGACACCUCGAAAUGCAGAGGUGGUGGCCUCAAGGUAUUCGUGUACCCAGCGGCUGGACCCGUCUCUGAGACUCGCCGCAGGAUCCUGGCUUCCGUCGAGGGCUCCCGCUACCACACGCUCAGCGCUGCUGAGGCCUGCCUCCUCCUCCUCCUCAGCCCGGACACCUCCACUGGAGAGUGCGACCCGGUGCCCCCGCAGUGGGAUGGGGGCAGGAACCACCUGGUCCUCAGUCUCCACCCAGCCCCUUGCCCCCGGACCUUCCAGCUGGGACAGGCGAUGGUGGCCGAGGCCAGUCCCACAGUGGACACCUUUCGGCCCGGCUUUGACGUGGCCCUCCCGCUUCUCCCUGAAGCCCACCCGUUGCGAGGUGGAGCACCUGGCCAGCUGCGGCAACACAGCCCCCGCCCCGGGGUGGCCCUGCUAGCCCUGGCAGAGGACGGGGGCAGGUGGCACGUGGCAGGCACCGACUUCUCUGCCUGCCCCUGGGAUGGGCGCUGUGAACAGGACCGUGGACCCAAGCAGACCCACCCUGGGGCAACGCUACCUAACGCCACCUUCUGCCUCAUCCCUGGCCGCAGUCCUGAUGUCUUACACUUCCUUCAAGCCCUGCAGGCUGGCUGCAUCCCUGUGCUUCUCAGCCCUCGCUGGGAGCUGCCCUUCUCUGAGGUCAUCGAUUGGACCAAGGCGGCCAUUGUAGCUGACGAGAGGCUCCCACUUCAGGUCCUGACUGCCCUCCAGGAGAUGCCCCUCACACGGGUCCUUGCCCUGCGUCAGCAGACCCAGUUUCUAUGGGAUGCCUACUUCUCCUCGGUGGAGAAGGUCAUCCAUACCACUCUGGAGAUUAUUCAGGACCGGAUCUUUGGACCCUCUGCUCACCCCUCGCUACUAUGGAACAGGCCCCCAGGGGCAAUCCUGGCCCUGCCCACUUUCUCCCCAAGCCCCUCGGACUUCCCCUUCUACCACCUACAACAGGGCUCUCGUCCUCUGGGCAGGUUCAGCGCCCUGAUUUGGGGGGGGGCUCCAGGCCAGCCCCCCCUGAAGCUCAUCCAGGCUGUGGCAGGCUCCCAGCACUGUGCCCAGAUCUUGGUUCUCUGGAGCAGUGAGAAGCCACCCCCAACCAGGUGGCCCAAGACAGCAGUGCCCUUGACAGUCAUUGAUGGGCACAGGAAGGUCAGUGACCGCUUCUUCCCAUACAGUGCCAUCAGCACCGAUGCCAUCCUCAGCCUGGAUGCCCAUAGCAGUCUUUCCACAAGUGAGGUGGACUUCGCUUUUGUGGUGUGGCAGAGCUUCCCAGAGAGGAUGGUCGGCUUUCUGACGUGGAGCCACUUCUGGGAUGAAGCCCGUGGUGGCUGGGGCUACACUGCCAAGAGGACCAACGAAUUCUCCAUGGUUCUCACCUCGGCUGCCUUCUACCAUAGGUAUUACCACACCCUCUUCACCCACUCCCUGCCCAAGGCUCUGAGGACCCUGGCAGAUGAGGCACCCACCUGUGUGGAUGUCCUGAUGAACUUCCUAGUAGCAUCCGUCACCAAGUUGCCCCCUAUCAAGGUGCCCUAUGGGAUGUGGCAUCAGGAGGCCAGACCUCCUCCACUGGAGCCUGGGGGUCCGGGGCUCAGGCAGGAGCCGCAGCCCGCAGCCCAGAACUGCAUCAACCAGAUGGCGGCAGGGUUCGGCCACAUGCCCCUGGUAUCUUCUCGCCUCCGUCUGGACCCCGUGCUCUUCAAGGACCCGGUGUCCGUGCUGCGUAAGAAGUAUCGCAGCCUGGAGAAGCCCUAG